UGUUUCCGCGUCCGAACGUGAGAGAGAUCAUUUGAGUUCAAGCGCAAUUGGAGACGGUGCUGGAGGUAGAGUAUGAACGGAAUGGACAUGGAGCCGAUUGGACCACAGAACUAUCUUUAUGGCUGCGAAUUGAAAGCUGGCAAAGACGUCAUUUUCAACCCCUCGGAUGACGACAGUGAGCACCAGCUGUCUUUGAGGAUGGUGUGUGUGGACCCCAGCACCAAGGACGAACUGCAUGUGGUGGAGCUGGAGGGUCGGGACACUGAGGGGGAGCCAGUGAAGGCAGUGGUAGCCACGCUGAAACCGUCCACAUUACCCAGUGUGUGUCUGGGUGGCUUUGAGAUUACUCCUCCAGCUGUGUUCAGACUGAAGUCUGGCUCCGGCCCCAUCCACAUCAGCGGCCAGCACCUUGUCAUGAUGGAUACAGACCAGUCUUUUGAUGAGGAGGAUGAUGAAGAAGAGGAAGAAGAGAAGGAGGUUCCUUCAUCCAUUAAGAGGCCAGCUGUGCCAGCUGCAGCCAAGCCUUCGAAAAAGAUGAAGAUGGAGGAGGAGGAUGAGGAGGAAGAUGACGAAGAUGAUGAAGAUGAUGACGAUGACGAAGAAGAUGAUGAUGAGGAGGAAAGUGAAGAGGAGGAAUCUCCGGUGAAGCCCAAGAAAACUCCGUCCAAGAGCCCUGCUGCUGCACAGAACGGGAAAACCCCUAACACAGCCACUCCUGCUGGAAAACAAAAUGCCAAGCCCAAGACCCCUAAUACCAACAGCAAGGCAGAUAAGAAGGAAACCCCCAAAAAGCCACAGACCCCCAAAGCUUCCCUCACCAUCGACGAGAUGAAGGCCAAGAUGAUGAGCAGCAUCGAGAAGGGAGUGAUGUUGCCGAAGCUUCAGGCCAAGUUUGAGAACUACGUAAAGAACGGUUUGCGUGUGAGCGAUCCCAAGACCAUCGAGGAGCUGUGGAAGUGGAGACAGACUGUGAAAGAUCGGAAAUGAUUUUUUAGUUUUUUUUUCCCUUUUUUUCCCCUUUUUUUUAAAUUAUAUUUUUACUACUACCCUCAUCCCCUACCCCCCCACCAAUGUGUUUCUUUUGUCCACCGCCCUGUUGAGUCCAGUCUCCAGAUCAGCAGAUCAGCCCCCACUCUGUCUUCUCAGUCAGUAAGCCAGAAGCAAUAAAGUAUGGUGAUGGACACAUCCACAGCCCAAUGCCUUACCAGUGCCACCCGAAGGUUUUAGAUGUUGCAUUUAAUGCAGCUACUUCAUAUAUUGCAACUUCAGCAUCUCUCUUUGAAGGAGCUGCGUUUGCUUGUUUCAGCAUUUGCACAGAGGUUUGUGAUGUGAGAUUAAGGAACAUUCCGGAGCAGCCAAGUCUCGCUUAUGGACAAUAUUAAGUUCAUCUGCCAUUUUGCUCACUUGUUGAAAAAUUGUGACAAAUGAGGAUUUGUUUUAUUGAAUGUGGUCAUGUCAGUAUUUGUGGCUGUUGGAUUUGUGAGAAUAAAGACAUUU